AUGCUCAGCCAUGGGCCCCGGCCUGGUUCACGGAAGGAGCAAGAGGAACACGGGCCUAAUAACGAGCUGUCUCUGGGUCUGAGUGCCAGCUUUACCACUUACUUGCUGUGUGAUCGAAGCAAAGCCUCCUCACCAAGCCAAGAGGUGGGAGGGUGGGUGGGCCGUGGCGCCGCGGUCCCGCCCCUCGGUGCGUGUGUGGAUGUCUGUGUGGCGGUGACGCGGUGCUGGUGGCGGGGAGGGCAAGCCCAGCCUCCGCCCGGGCUCGUGCCCCCGUCCUCAGCCGCACCUCCGGCUUCCCCGGCCACCGCUCCGGCCGCCGCCGCCGCCGGGGCCCAGGAGCCGCUUCAGGACCUCGGACAGCUCCCACCCGCCGCGCCACAGCCGGCGCCGGAGCAGCCGCCGCUUCAGCACCACGGACAGCUCCUGGCGCAGCCCCCGCCGGGCCCCAGCAGCAGGGCUCUCUCUCCCCAGUCGCCGCACAAGCACCCGCUGCCACUCGGGGCCGUCGCCGAUAAGAAGGAGCGUCCCCCGAGUUGUUGCGCUGCUGCCGGAGCCCUCCUUCAGCACAAAUCCCCCGCCGCCCUCGGCAAGGGCGUCCUGAGCAGGAGACCCGAGAGCGAGACUGUGCUGCACCAGUUCUGCUGCCCCGCCGCCGCGGACGCCGAGCAGAAGCCCGCCCGUGCUGACCUGGCCGCCCACAGUGAUGGCUCCUGCGCCCAGGCCGGCGGGGGCGUAGAGGACUCCGUGGUGGCAGCGGUGGCAGUGGCAGCCGGCAGACCCAGUGCCCAUGCCCCGAAGGCUCAAGCCCAGGAGCUGCAGGAGGAGGAGGAGCAGCCGGGGGCAGGGGGUGCCUCCCCGAGGGCUGGCCCCCACCACGUGGCCUCCCCCGGCCGGCAGCAGCCUGCCCUGGCGACGGCGCUCUGCUCCCACGCCCCUGCCGCCUCCGAUUACGAACUCUCCCUUGACCUAAAGAAUAAACAGAUUGAAAUGCUAGAACACAAGUACGGGGGCCACCUGGUGUCGCGGCGCGCAGCCUGCACCAUCCAAACCGCCUUCCGCCAGUACCAGCUCAGCAAGAACUUCGAGAAGAUCCGCAACUCGCUCCUGGAGAGCCGCCUGCCGCGGCGGAUCUCCCUGCGCAAGGUGCGGACGCCUACGGCCGAGAGCCUGGCGGCCGAGAAGGCGCUCGUGGAGGGCUGCGGCCUCGUGGGGUUGCCGCUGGUGCGCUCGCCGCCGCUGCCGCCCACCUUCGCGGGCACGCUCACCGAGCUGGAGGACUCCUUCACCGAGCAGGUGCAGUCGCUGGCCAAGUCCAUCGACGACGCCCUCAGCACCUGGAGCCUCAAGACCAUGUGCUCCCUGCAGGAGAGCGGCGCGUACCAGAUCCACCAGGCCCUGCACGCGGGCGCGGAGGCCGACACAAACCCGGACAAGGGCAUCCAGUUCCUGAUCUCCCGCGGCUUCAUCCCCGACACCCCCAUCGGCGUGGCCCACUUCCUCCUCCAGCGCAAGGGCCUCAGCCGCCAGAUGAUCGGAGAGUUCCUGGGCAACAGCAAGAAGCAGUUCAACCGCGACGUGCUGGACUGCGUGGUGGACGAGAUGGACUUCUCCAGCAUGGAGCUGGACGAGGCCCUGCGCAAGUUCCAGGCUCACAUCCGCGUGCAGGGGGAGGCCCAGAAGGUGGAGCGGCUCAUAGAGGCCUUCAGCCAGCGCUACUGCAUGUGCAACCCCGAGGUGGUGCAGCAGUUCCACAACCCCGACACCAUCUUCAUCCUCGCCUUUGCCAUCAUCCUGCUCAACACCGACAUGUACAGCCCCAACAUCAAACCCGACCGGAAGAUGAUGCUGGAGGACUUCAUCCGAAACCUGCGAGGUGUGGAUGACGGUGCCGACAUCCCCAGGGAGCUGGUGGUGGGCAUCUACGAAAGGAUACAGCAGAAGGAGCUCAAGUCCAAUGAGGACCACGUCACAUAUGUCACCAAGGUGGAGAAGUCCAUCGUGGGCAUGAAGACGGUGCUGUCGGUGCCGCACCGCCGCCUGGUCUGCUGCAGCCGGCUCUUCGAGGUGACGGACGUGAACAAGCUGCAGAAGCAGGCCGCGCACCAGAGGGAGGUGUUCCUCUUCAACGACCUGCUGGUGAUUCUCAAACUUUGCCCGAAGAAGAAGAGCUCCUCCACGUACACCUUCUGCAAGUCGGCCGGCCUGCUGGGCAUGCAGCUCCGCCUCUUUGAGAAUGAGUAUUACUCUCAUGGCAUCACCCUGGUGACCCCACUUUCUGGCUCCGAGAAGAAGCAGGUGCUGCAUUUCUGUGCGCUGGGUUUGGAUGAGAUGCAGAAGUUCGUGGAGGACCUGAAGGAGUCCAUCGCUGAAGUGACAGAGCUGGAGCAGAUCCGGAUAGAGUGGGAGCUGGAGAAGCAGCAGGGAACAAAGACGCUCUCCUUCAAGUCCAGCGGGGCCCAGGUGGACCCACAGUCAAGGCAAGGAUCGCCUGCAGCCAAGAGGGACGCUGCGCUCGGGGAGAAGCCCGCGGAGAGCACGGUGGAGGUGUCAAUUCACAACAGGCUUCAAACGUCCCAGCACAGCUCCGGGCUGGGGGCCGAGAGGGAAGUACCUGUGCCAGACCUGCAGCCUAACCCUUUGCGAGAGCAGCCCCCGCCGCUGCCACCACUGCCACCCACACCCCCGGGCACCCUGGUGCAGUGCCAGCAAAUCGUCAAGGUCAUUGUCCUGGACAAGCCCUGCCUGGCCCGCAUGGAGCCUCUGCUGAGCCAGGCUCUGUCCUGCUACGCCUCAUCCUCCUCCGACUCCUGCAGCUCCACACCCCUGGGCGGCCCCGGUUCCCCGGUCAAAGUCAUCCACCAGCCUCCGCUGCCCCCGCCCCCACCCCCCUACAACCACCCUCACCAGUUCUGCCCGCCAGGCUCCCUGCUGCACCGGCGCCGCUACUCCAGCGGCUCUAGGAGCCUGGUGUAGACUCUGCCUCCACCACCCUUCUGUCCCAGGAGGGCUGGCUGCUCCCCACACCUGGCACGAUGCACUCCUGGUCACUGAUCACCGUCGUGGAAAGAGAACCCCAGUCCCUGGCACCUGGGUUUGCCUUGUCCCACCAUCCUCCCCUUACUCAGAUGACCUCCCCCCAGAUCUGGAGACACCACCUUCCUGUCCUGGGGCCUUUCACAGCCAGACGAGGCUCCUUGUCCUCUGGCUGCUGCUACUCUGCCCAGUUGGACCAUGGGGAAAACUGGAGCUGAGGGUCUAACUGGCUUGCAGGCUUUGAGUCUGUUAGUGCCUGGGGCCUCCGGCUGGUGGGUAGGAGGAAGAGGCCAGGCCACCAGUGUGUCCUGCUCACACCCAGCACAAGGUGCAUCUGUGGCCAUGCUCAGGGGAGGAGGGCUGCCAGCUUCCUGGAGGGGCUGGUGGAUUGGAGCAUGAGGGGGGCCUUCUCAGCUGCCCCUGGCUCCCCAAGCCUGGCAGUCUCAGGAGGCUGUUACUUGGUCCCCAGGGACAUUGGCUGUCCAGACCACAUCCUUCCGCCUCCUCCCGGGGCCGCCUCCUGCUUUCUCAGGAGCUGCCCAGGCUCCAGUAAAGCUUCAGAAAGGGAGGAAGGAGAUGGAGCACUCUCAGCUCUCUUUAGGUCAGUUCAACAGGGCUGUGGAAUCUUGAGGUCAUGAAUCUACAAAAUGCACCUUUGUAAAGAGGGUUCCCUAGUCCCAGACAAUAUCCAACUAACACCAAGUGCACACAGGCGCAUGCACAUAAACGUACGAGAGAACCAGGUUGGUUUCUCCCACUGUGGAAGCAGGUGCAGGGAGAUGGGGUGGAAACUGGCCCAGCGGAGGUGGGACUUGCAAGACCUCCGUGGCCUCCAGGAGGGGCUUGGGUGCAGAGGUGGGUGAGAGAAGCAGGGACUCUGGAGGUGCUUGCAUUUCCCCCACUGCCCCUCAGCCUUUAAAUGUCCCCCAUCCUGGGGAGGGGGCCAGAUCCGCCUCCAGCAGAGGCAGCAAAAAGAGUCCCAGACCCUCAAAAUUGCAAAGGAGAGCUAGGCAGGGCUCGCUGGCCUCCCAGGCCCAGCAGGAUGGGAUUGCCAACCUUAGGUGGCUCCACGGAGCCCAGGCUUUGGGGAGGGCCCCCUCCCUGGCCAGAUGAGAGGAGCCCACCCUCAAAGUCCACAGGGGCAAUACCGUGGCCUGCCCCAGUCAUGGCCUUUUAGGAAGUGUCUGUGCCAAAGCUGGCCAGACUCUUCAGUCCUGUGCCAACAGCUCAUCAGUGUCCUUCAUUAAGAUCCUCUCUCACUUGGAGCCUGUUGUUCAGCUCCCGACAGAUGAAGAGAAUAUUGGCCAAGUCUAAAGCGAAUAUGCUUCUCCCCAAGCCCCUAACCCAUGCCCCGCCCUGCAGUACCCCUGGGCCCUGUAGGAGGUGCAGAUAACUCCCCACUCUGGGAGGUUCCAGAUGACCUAGUUUUGUGUGUGUGCGCGCGCGUGCACGCACGUGCUCACUGGGCAUCACCAUGAUGUCACCGAUGAGUUUAUUUCUAGCCCUGUCUCUGUCCGCCCAUUUUCCAUAACUUGUGGCCAAUUUGCUGUCUCCCCUGUGGCUCCCGGCACAGCUGCUCCUCCCUGUCCUGUUGUCCCUGCCCCUCUUGUGUCUUUUGUAACUGGGAUGCUUAAUCAGAGCCUUUCGGAAUGGGGUGGCUGACAGAGGAGGUGCACAGAUUCAGAUACCUCUGCUGCCCGCAGCCCGGGUGGCGUCACCCCUGAGUGGUGGAGGCCUGGCCGGAGGUGCCAGGGCUGGGGGAAGUGGAGUUGUGGGGUGGGAGUGGAUGCCUCUUGAAAGUGGUGGUGAAAACGGUGUGAGAAUCAGGAGGCGGGAGUUGGGAGUGUGCAGAACCACGAGUGCCACUACUGGUGGGGCCCUGGUGGCUGGGGCUGCUCAGGAAGGGCCCUGUCCAGACGACUCCACCCCACAGGCUCCUCACAGCGUUUCCCUCUCAGCAAGCGCCCUCCUUCCAGAUGAGGCCAGAGGCCUCAGGGCUGGCACGUGUAUGGACCUCUCUCUGAGGACCUGGCCUCUCCGGCGUCUCGGCACCCCUCCACAGUGGGGAGGCUCUCCCCCCGGGUGCUGUGGUGGCCACCUUGGGCCACGCUGGCCACUCUGCGUCCUGCCAUAGGAAGCAGACCAGCAGAGCUAGUCCUGGUCCAGGAGGGGCUUUUAGUCCCUGAUGGCCUGGGGCAGGAUACGGCCAGCCCUCCUCACGGCUGGCGAAGCAAGAGUUCCCAGUCCCUGGUCAGCCAGCAGGCUGAGGCUGGGGCCCAUCUCUGCCCCCCUGCCCAGAGAUCUGGGAAAAGCCGCCUGUUCCCUCCCAUGGCGGCGGCCGUGGCAGGGCCUCAAGCACUCCCAGAGGGCUCAGCAGGAGAUGCUCUCGGAUCCUCCUGCUCUCCCAGGGUUAAGGGGGCAGUCAAGUGCUGACUGAGCCCCUGGACCCAGUCACCCCAAGAUUGCCCCACUCUAUCAACCCUCUAGGCCUUACUUUUGGGGGGACCUGGGCCCCUCUCCUGAUUUUAUCCAUCUGGCCCCAACUGGCUUUCCCACCCACUUUCAGGCAAGUCUCACCUCCAGACCUGAAGCAAGGCCCCGCCCGGUAGCUUGUCCCGGAACCCUGACUGUCUCCAAAGGCGUCUUGACUCCACACAUGCUUAUCGGCCCUCGGUCCUUGACCCCCAAGCCUACAUGUCCCCCAUAGCUGCCAGAUCGUCUCUUUGGUAGGCUUCCCUGACAGCUGUCUGUGCGUCUGUCCCUGCGUUCUGCCGUGCAUCCCUUCUCGCUGCGCACUCUGCCCACGUGCCCGCACCCUCUCGGGGAGCAGCCUCUCUAGAGAAAGGCAGGGAGGCUGCACCCAGCACCUGAUCCAAAUGGCAAAUAUUUUGUAACAAAAUAGCCCAGAGGUAUUUUAUCUGUUCAAUUCAUAGAGUUUUAGAGAUUAUAUUGAAAUAUGUCACUUGA